GCCAUUGUCAAGGGUUCUGAUCUCUUGCACGCCCAUUUCGAAGCAUUAUGCUUCCAUUCCGAGCGCCGAUCGUUUCGAGCUAGCUUAAAAGAGAGAUCGGGGAAACAGUCGGAUCUGUAUAGCUGUCGGCUUCGAGCGGACGCGAUGCAUCUGGCGAUUCGAAAAGAGCUCCUUGUUAAGUGCGCCCUUUUGUUGGCCGCCUGUGAAUGGCUCGGGUCCGACGCAGCGAGUUCCACAACCGUGGUCCUACCGGAAGUCAGCCUACCGACGACAACCUACCAGAAGUCAGGUACAGUUACCAAAACGGCUUCGACAGCUGCAGUUUCUUCGAGGACGUCUGUAACCACUGAAACUACUCGAGGAGCGGUUUCCACGCAAGGCAGCACAGCAAGGGCCCCUCUGACCACUGCCAGCGCGUCGAACACGAGCGCAGUCAGUAAUGCCACAGCAGGUACAGUUACCAAAACGGCUGCGACAGCUGCAGUUCCUUCGAGGACAUCCGUAGCCACUGACGCUACUCGAGGAGCGGUUUCCACGCAAGGCAGCACAGCAAGGGCCCCUCUGACCACUGCCAGCGCGUCGACUACGAGUGCAGUCAGUAAUGCCACAGCAGGUACAGUUACCAAAACGGCUUCGACAGCUGCAGUUUCUUCGACGAAGUCCGUAACUACUGAAACCACUCCAAGAGCCGUUUCCACGCAAGGCAGCACAGCAAGGGCACCUCUGACCACUGCCAGCGCGUCGAGCACGAGCGCAGUCAGUAAUGCCACAGCAGUCACAGCGCUGGACUUGGACGCCGGCUGCAACGACGCCGUCUGCUUGCGUCCGCACUGCACAUGCGCCUCCGACAAGCCGCCGGCCGGCUUGCGACCCAACCAGAUGCCGCAGUUCGUGACGCUGACGUUCGACGACGCCGUGACGGUGGCCAACAUGGCCUUCUACCGCGAGCUGCUCGAGGGUUCCGCCAGGAAGAACAAGGCGAACGGCUGCGGCGUCGCGGCCACGUUCUUCGUGUCGCACGAGUACACCGACUACGCGGCCGUCAACGCGCUGCACUCUUGGGGCAACGAGAUCGCCGUGCACUCGAUCAGUCACCGAACCGACUGGAACUACUGGCACACAAUCAACAGCACCCAGUGGGAACGUGAGCUGCUGGAUCAGAAGAUAAUGAUGCAGACGUUCGCGAACGUGCCAGCGUCCCACGUGACCGGUGUCAGGGGGCCAUUCCUCUACACCGGAGGAGACCAGCUCUUCCGCAUGCAAGCGCAGCAUUUCCGGUACGACUGCACCCUGGUGCACCAGCGCGUCAGACGUGGCUCCGAGAACCCCGUCUACCCGUACACCAUGGACUUCGGUUUCCGACACAGCUGCAUGGUGUACCCGUGUCCAGAGCGCACCUACCCGGGACUCUGGGUUAUGCCCAUGAAUGUGCUCUUCCGCGAGUACAAGGGCGAGGAAGUCCCGUGCGCAAUGGCAGACGCGUGCCUGCCGCAGCCAAUCACGGCCAACGACACCUUCGAGUACCUCAGGUCCAACUUCGAAGACUUCUACACGACCAACCGAGCACCCUUCCCUUUGUUCCUUCACGAGGCUUACCUGCGCGAGCCCCGUCGCAAGCAGGGCUACCUACAGUUCAUCGACUGGCUACUACAGAAGGACGACGUCUACCUCGUGACCAUCUCCGAAGUGCUACGCUUCAUGCAGGACCCGAAGCCGCUGGGAGCCUACGUUCAGCACGCGUGUCCUGAUCGCAGUCCCGUUGCGCGGAACACUAGUUGUCCCCAGGCAAGGACGUGUGCCUACAAGAAUACGUCACUGGGUGGCGACCGCUACAUGAUGAGCUGUUCUCGGUGCCCCAAGAACUAUCCGUGGGUCGGAAAUCCCUUGGGCAACUAGUGAAUGCACCACGUGGACCUGGGGUCCAACACCUGAAGUGAACACCGUACGGGGACAUUCCACCGUCUACAAACGGACGUUAACCACCUGUUGUUAUGGCUUCUGCCCGAGAACGCGGACUACUCGAGAGAAAAUUCCGAGAUAUGCGAACCUGCCGACUCAACAAACUAACAGUUCUACAAGGUAUACUUGAAUGUGGCGCGAAAUACAUUUCGUGAAAAGGGGAGAGAAAAAAGAAGACAGUGAAGCGCCACCACUGGCGUUCAGUGUUGACAAAGAAGACAGCGUUGGCGCUUCACUGUUUUCUUUCUUCUGCCCGCUUUUCACGAAAUGUACUUCGCGCCAAAAUCAAGUACACCUAUAGCAACUCUAUAAGCACCAACUUGCCCAAGAAGUUUAUUUGGAACUGUUCUACGGGCGCUAACUCAGGGACAAUAUCUUCUAGAAUCCUUUGUUUCGAUUCCUACACGACGAAGGUCAGCGUACUUUCAUUUAGAUAUUCAUCGGGGCUAAUGGAGAAGCUGUUUCAAUUAAAACAUUGUUACUCAAAGUUCUCACUGCCCUUUCUUCUGCAGCUUCUUUGGGGAGCUCUUUGCUGUGUUCAUAUCGUAACGACUUCAAAAUAUACCGAACGUAUCCUGGUGAACGUUUUAAAUGACGCUGUGAUAGUUUCUCGAUGCCGAACACUAUGAUUUAUCCUAUAUAAAAACCCUCGCACCUGCCCUGCAAUGUU